UACGUUUGUAUCAUGGGAUAUAUAAUUUUUAUGUCAAAAACGAAAAGAUAUGUAUUUAUGAUUUAAUCACAUACUAUCACGUUUUUAUUUUGUUUUAGUUACUGGUAGGUAGUUUUAAAUAAAAACUGUUAGUCUCCUUGUUAGCAAGCUCAUUCAUAUUAUAACAUCGAAUGGUUUAACUUGUCUUUAAUAAAACCAACCACAAUAGAACUUUCAUUUAUAAAAAAAAUGAGUAUAAUACCAAGAAUCAGUUACGAGGAAGAAUUACGAAAAAAUCCUGAAUUAAAAGAGUCGGAUAUAGAAAUAUUGAAAGAAUGGUGCAAGAAGCAACCUCAUUUACCAAAAAUCACCGAUAGUGAAUUGGUAUUAUUUUUACAUAGCAAUUAUUAUCGAUUGGAGCCAACUAAAACUACGAUAGAUACCUUCUAUACCGUACGAACUCACGUUCCUGAAUUCUUUUCUAAUAGAGAUCUGCUUGGAUCAAAAUCACUUCGACAAAUAAUAAAAGUUGUUGCAAACAUGCCAUUGGAGAUGACAACGAAAGAGGGUCAUAAAAUAGUUUUCGCUAAACUACUCGAUACCGAUCCUUCACAUUAUGUUUAUAAUGACGGUUUGAAAUAUUUCAACAUGGUUAUAGAUUAUUGGCUCUAUACUGAAGGUACAGGAAUAGGUCAUGUAAUUCUUAUCGAUAUGGAAAGUGUAAGUUUUGGUCAUGCAGGAAGAUUGAGUCCUAUGGGAUUAAAAAAGUUCCUUUACUAUUUACAAGAAGCUUUACCUGUUCGUCUGAAAGGUUUACAUUUUAUGAACACGACAGCAGUGAUGGAUAUCAUUCUAAAUAUGAUGAAGCCUUUCAUGAAAAGAGAAUUGAUGGAUAUGUUGCAUGUGCACACCACAUUGGAAAGUGUCGCUAAGUUUAUCCCAUUAGAAGCAUUACCGACUGAUGUAGGUGGCAAAGCAGGUUUUACUAAGGAUUUACACGAAAAAUAUAUAAAAAAGCUCGAAAAUCAUCGAUCUUGGUUUCUGGAGGAUGAAAUGUGUAGUCGAGUAAAUGAAGCCUUGCGACCUGGUAAAAGUAAAAAUAUCACAGAUCUCUUUGGAGUUGAAGGUAGCUUCAAAAAACUUGAAAUAGAUUAACAUAAUGAAAUGAAUAUUUCGAAUGUAUAGUUUCGAUUAAUUCCAAACUAAGAAUGAUUUAUAAUAUAAUCGUUAAAAUUUGUAAUUAUUUCAAUAAAAAUAUUUUAA